AUGCAGAUGACCCGCGUUGACCCCGUGUUCCGCAGUCAAUCAAAGCUUUCGCCGACGCAGCUCGAUGAGCUGCAAAGGGCAACACAUUUCGAUAAGAAGGAGCUGCAACAAUGGUAUAAAGGAUUCCUCAAGGACUGCCCGUCCGGUACCCUGACCAAGGAAGAAUUCCAGAAAAUCUACCGGCAGUUCUUCCCCUUCGGCGACCCGUCAUCCUUUGCCAAUUAUGUCUUUCGCGUUUUCGACUCUGACAACAGUGGUAUGAUUGAUUUCAAGGAGUUUAUCUGCGCCCUUUCCGUGACUUCGCGGGGCAAGAUGGAGGAUAAGCUGGAUUGGGCAUUCCAAUUGUACGAUAUUGACGGCGACGGGAAAAUCACUUAUGACGAAAUGCUGGCCAUUGUCGAGGCGAUCUAUAAGAUGGUUGGAUCCAUGGUGAAACUCCCUGAGGACGAAGAUACCCCGGAGAAACGCGUACGGAAGAUCUUCCGGAUGAUGGACAAGGAUGAGAAUGGCAGUCUCGACAUCGAGGAAUUCAAAGAAGGCAGCAAACGGGAUGAGACCAUCGUCAGUGCCUUGUCGCUUUACGACGGAUUGGUUUAG